AUGCCGCCGCCGCAGCGGGCGCGCCGGCGAGGCAGCGGCUCGCAUGAGGUCUCUCAGCACGCCGUGCCAGGGACGGGCGAAUCUGAUGAAGUGGUGUUUGUAGAGGAGCGGCCAGCGCAGCGUCAGACCGUGGAUGUGAUUGACCUGGCCGGGGCGUCUGACGAUGAACCGCCCUCAUCGGUCAAGAAGCGACGGCGUCCCCCUGCGCCCCUUGACAAGCCUAGGCAGCUGCGGGCACAGCAGGCGCCAGCGGCAGCAGGGGCAGCAGCAGCAGCAGGUGCAGCGGCGGCAGAGGGGGCAGCGGCAGCAGCAGCAGCGGCAGCACCCGUCUUGAAAAUCAACUGCCCCGUCUGCCUGGAUGACAUUGAGGACGGGCAGAUGACAUCCACAACAUGCGGGUGGGUCCGGCGUUUGGGGCGCUAG